CUUCAUCGUCAAGACCAUCUUACUAUUUUCUUUCCAACGUUGGGCAUUAGCAUUAGCCAUCUUAAACCCUAAAUCCAAAAAACCCCUAUUUCGGCCACUGUUACCGACUCUUCGCAGCCAUCGCCUCCAGUGCUCUGUCGAUAGCUGUCCGCAACACAAACCAUCAUGGCUUGGCGCAGCGGAACUUCUUCCUUCUCGCGCUCCUUGAUGUCUGCCGCCAGGGCGCCAUCUGUGCGUUCCUCUUCAGCUCCGCUUCCCCGCCUCCGCCCGUCGACCGCCUCCGCUCCCCGCGUUCAGUCGCGCCGGGUCUCCUUCUCUCCAUCCAGGAACUUGGGAGAGUUGGGAUGUGUCCAGUCUUUCUUGCCACUGUACAGCAUGGUUGCCAAGACCCACCUUGCUUCUCAUCUCAAUGCUAAUUUGCGGGCUUUCUGCGAGCUGUCUCAUGGUACCGUCUGCCGUUCUUGUCAGGAUCGCUAGUAUUUUCUUUGGAGGAAUGGAAAAGACGGGUGAUGCACGUUUCAAUCAACCAAAGGCACAGGAUUCAUGCAAUAACUGUACUUGAAUGGCCAUUGGUUCCGCACAACAAUUUAAUGGAGUCAGAAAUCAGAGAAGGUGGGAUGAUGUUCUUGUGGGGGAACUUGGGCUGUUUCUGUACGGUCUCGAGCAUGGAUUCUGUCAAUAAAGAUGUCUUUUUUUUCUUAUGCUACUUGCUAGAUAAACCAUUACAACAACUCCAAGCUUGCAUGACAAGUUAGCAUACAAUAUUUUUUAGGUCGUCUGUCAUUGUACAAUUGGACAAGUUAUUUGUAUCGUAAACUGUUUUAGAUUAUGGCAUUGAUUUUUGUCGCCGACUCGCUGAAGCCUGCAGGCAAAGUGUGCUUCUGUAUGUAGCAUGGCGGAGUGUGCUUAUGUGCUUGCAGGGAAACGGUACGGUACAUUUUCAUGGACCAUGGUGAGUGGGGAGCAGAAGUGAUUGAAAAGGCUAGGCGAAUGUUCGCCAUUGCUGCCCAUUUUGGGGAAGAACAGUUUCGUUGGUACUUCCAGGUGAUGGGAAAGGUGAAACUGCAUAUAUCACUGUCUGCUUGAUAAUGCAGUCCCCGAAAUUAGCACUCGAUAUAUCCAGCCUUCCUGCGGCCGUGCCGACGGGAAGAAAUGUUUGGUUUUG